UGACGUGGGCGUGGGAGGGGCACCAAUUUGUCCUCCUAGGAUGCCAGUCUUGUGCCAACCGUGAACCCACUAUGAUGUCUUGGAAGUGCCAAGUGGUCCUGUUGCGAUGGUGGGGCCUUCUGGGUUUGUCCUUCGUUGCUCACGCGUUGAAAAAGCAUUACGUAAUCGAUUAUGGGGAUGCGAUGGGCCGCGCUACGGUCGAAGUUGACGAGAAGGCCCACCUGGCUUCCAUUAGCCCCUUCAACUCUACCAACCCCGCAACUCUAAUGAACUUCAGAAAGAGUAUUACAAUCUACGUGACAAAUACAGAAUGCCUGGUUUCAAAGUUACAAACAAAAGAGGGCGACUACAAACAACAGCUUGCCCACAAACUAAACCCAUCCCAAAACAGGGCCGCACUUUAUGUGAUGGGAUCCAUAUCUCCUCACCGAGUUAGACAAUUGUUAGGGGAGGAACACUACAGAUUUUGCUUUGGCAAACCGACUCUGAGGCUUAGCCACAGACGGCCCAGGUUACCAACCCACAUUUUCAGCAUCCACCCUGAUGAUGCUUCAAAGACGCCUGACCAAGAUUCUGGAGAUGUUGGAACGGAACACCAAAGGUACAAAAGGGGAGCUAAAAAGAAUAAGAAGGACAAGUCGUCGAAAGCGCAAAGAGGAAAGGACAAGAAGCCAAAGAAGGAUAAAAAGAAUAAGAAGAAGCCCAAGACGAAGUCUUUAAGCACCACUCAGCAACUCAACAUUAAAGCACCACGGAUUUCAUUUCCCUCAGCUUACAUACCCCAUAACUUGACAGAUACUACUACAGUCCUCCAGGGUUCCAGCGAUCAUGUUGUUUUGCAAGAAGAGCCAUAUCUUUCACCUUCAUUCAUCAGAAAUGGUGACGACGGCUCAGGGUUCAGGCAUUAUCGAGACUUUCACCAAGAAUCAAAUCCAGGCAACGAGACACGGUCUCUAGGCCCCAUCAGGCAUAUCAUAAGCCAUGACAUCAGUGUUCAAGGUGAUGGGGACACCAAGAUACUGAUACCAGAAACUAUCGUCAAGGAUGGGCAAAUCUUUUAUAGGUACGAUGCUGAUGAAGGAGCAGUAGAUGCCACAAAAGGACAGAGCAAGCGGAGUCACACAAGAGAAGGAGAUACCAUGGACGAGGGAGCUCAGUUUGAUGCUCCGUUUGAAUAUCAUAAUGAUUCUGAAGAUUCGCCAACUGGUUUCCUUCCAUCUCAUGAGAGGCGUAUCUCACAGGACGAGGCUCAUUUUAAGACGGACUACAGUAUGAUAAACACACCCGGAUUUUCCCAAGUGCAUACUCAAGCGCAGAUGGGUGAUGGGAUAAGAGAUGCUUCAGCAGCUGUUUUGUCGGAUGAUGGUUCUGGUGUUCAUGUACUGGGGAAUACGGAUUCGGAAGGAUUUUUCGUUGCUCAAGCUCAUAGCAUAGGACACCCAGGAGGAAGAAGAACAAGUCUGGCACACAUAUUUGGCAAUACUCAUGGAGUUUUAGGCUCUGCUAUGACAAAUGGACAUGGACAUCAGUCACAUGUCCAGGUAGAUAUGGGUGCACAUCCUUCUUCUACCGCUCAUAUAGCAACACAUGAUGGCUCAACCUUACUGACAUCCAGCAUUCGUGCUACCCAGCUCGGAGGUAGGGCAGGAGCGCAAGCAUAUGGAGACGGAGCAUCAGCAAGUGAUGCACAAAUGGAAUUCAACCCAUCCCAUCCACUUCUAGGUGGGACUGGUGGACUAACAGGCCAGGGUUUGGCUUCAGCUACUGUAACUAAAUCUGGGAGUUCACUGUUAACGUCCAUUUCAGGUGAAGCUGCUGGAGGAUCCUACCUGGGUACAGCAAAGUCUAGUCUCAGCCAUGAUCCUGGCUUUUCUUCCACAGGAGAAAACGCCACUUGGGAAAUUCAUGAAGAUUAUGGGCCCCCAGAUGGUAUAACUCAUGAGUUUGGUCAUCCAAAUGAUAUAACUCAUGACUUUGGGCAUCCAGAUGAACUUGCUGGAAGCAGUCAUUACCAAGAUUUUAUUCAUGGAAGGCAUUUCACUGACCGUGUACCAUACCACACUGAGGAUAUGAGAGAAAUAAGCAGUUCAUCCCACUCAGAGGGUUCCAUUGAUCAAGGGCAUUCUGACCAUGCUUCAGGAGGACACAUGAUCGACAACAUUAUGGAAACAGUUCAUCAGCCUGACAGGCAAGCUGAAAUUAUUGCAUAUCCCGUCAGUGAACAGAGUAUAAUUGAUGAGGGUGGGCUAGUGGGUGGUGCAGGAAUACCACCAAGAGAGAGUGAAAUAGGGCAAACUCCUCUCAGAGACCGCGAGAGCCUUACAGAGGGUAGAGGUAUAGCCACAGGAGGAUCAAAGGCUGGCAUAGUUGGCUUGGCAACUUAUUCCCAAGGCCAAGUUGGUGCCCCUCCAGGUCCAGGGGAGCUCUUAAAUUAUCCAGUGACAGGUUCUGAUAAAUAUGACUACAACUACUAUGAAGGUGGUUAUGGUUCAGAAUACUAUACUGAGGAAUAUGAUGGAGAAAUACCUCAAGAUCCAAGAAAUCUGCCAUACUUUGAUUUAGGAGCUCACAUAAAUGGUUUUCAGCCAAUUGAAUCAAACUUUGAGAACUUUGAGCCAAUGCAGCUUGGCUUACCUGGUCAUCCAGUGGUUGAUCCAUCAUCAUUAUCAGUGGAUCAUAUUGACCUGCCAGUACUAGUCUCUCACAAGUAUGAAGAACCUGAUAUCCAAGAAAUUACACCAGAUCCACCAAUAACUGUACACCAGGUGCAGGCCCCUACUCUAUUACCAGAUGAUACACAAUCCAGUGAUGCAAUUGUAUCACACGGAUCCCAAGAGUCCCAUGAAGAAGAGUAUAGUGGUGACAAUGAUUUUUAUGAUCAUGUUUCAUUGCCUUUUCCGGAUAGUCCAACAAUAGCUCCCUAUAUUUCAACUUCCCAGCCUCACAUUCUAAUAUCUCCUCACAUAUCAACUACCUCCCCUACACCUCAUACAACCUUACCAGAGACAGAGAGCACAUCUCAACAUCAGUCAUAUCUGGGAGAGGUUAUAUCUGAACACACAGGACCCCAUCAUGAUUUACCCCAAGAAACACAUCUCCCAUUUCGCCUUCCAGGCGUAAUCUCAGGACAACAAACAAUUUCAUCUUCAUCUUUUUCAGAAAAUGAUACAUUAAUACCAGGUAUUCCUCAAGAAGUGUCCAGAAUACAUAGUUCGCAAUUUGAUACACAGAGUCACACAGGGCCACAAAGUCUCCCUCAAGAAACUAUCCAGCAACAUAGUUCGCAAUUUGACACACAGCGUCGCACAGGGCCACAAAGACUCCCUCAAGAAACUAUUCUGCAACAUAGUUCGCAAUUUGACACACAGCGUCGCACAGGGCCACAAAGUCUCCCUCAAGAAACUAUUCAGCAACAUAGCUCGCAAUUUGACACACAGCGUCAUACAAGGCCACAAAGUCUCCCCCAACAAACUAUUCAGCAACAAGGUACGGGUGGAGGCAUGAUGAUGAUGAUGGGCAUACCUCUUGAUCCUGGAAACCCAGGAAGCAUCCAUUAUCUCCCUGGCAAUGAUGGAGGACCAGACUUAAAAGUCAUGUCAGUAGCUGCCAGACAAGAGCAUUCUCUCUUAAGUCAACGACAAAGAAUGUUUUUACAACCAGGGCAAAAGAUCCCAGGUGCACCUGGAUACAAAGUACCUCCUGGCUUUAGAGGCCAUGUGAUCCUCGAUGAAAAUCUUCCUGGCACCUCAGAGUCACGCGGAGUUGCUCAGGGGUUCAGCACGCAUGUAAGAGCGUCCCCUCAAAGUUCUUUCUCAGGUCCAAUCUACACAUCAGUCAGUGGACCAGAUGCUUCUCAGCACAUCUCUGAAGAGGGUGUACACGUCACCUUAAGUGGAGAUGACGGGCCAUCGCCUUGGCGAACAGGGAGCGACAGGAGUAGAACAUCUCAACAAGUGGGCCAAACACAUUCGGCCGUGAGAUCCCAGCCGAUCUCUGGCUCAGCACCGACGUCACGGCAGCCAGCAGGGGGCGCAACCCCGAGAAAAUCUUGGGACGGGAGACGAGGUGGCGGUCCUACAUCCCAAAAGUCCUGGGGUACCCCAAGUAACAUCCAGAGAGUAGGAAGUGAUGGUGAAUGUGGCUAUUACUCAAUGAACUGCCAACCUGCUUUUGGACCGAAUGAACGCGACCAAAUAUGUAGACCUAUUUUAAUAACGAUUGGCUGUUGCUGCUGAUUUUAAUACUUCUUAAACUGGCCGGUAGUUCGUUUUUAUUAACUGGAAGAUAUAAACUGAAAAACGUGACUAGAGAUCUGGUAAAAUUGGUUGCUAGGCGUUACGUAUAUUUUCAUGAUAUUAUUUUCAUUAUUACUGGAAUGAUUGUUGUUUUAACUCUUUCAUUUUCCCUAGAGAGCGCCAACCUCUUCACAAACGCCCGUUACUGUCAUCAUCAUUUGCAUAAUUUAGAUCUAUAAAACCACUAUAGUAAUAGAUAAUGUAGCUAUUUGUUCCUGUAUAAAUAACUUUGUAACAGUCCCUUUCCGUUCCUUAUCAGUAUUACAUUACGUUGCUUGAAUGAUCUUUUUCACACUAUAGAAUAAACGUUUGUGUAUUUUCA